AAGUUCUCUGCUCCUCUAUAAGCCCCUGUCAGUGGCUCAGAAUCAGCAAGCUUCUCCCGAAGAUCGCAAUCAACCUCAUUUUUGAGCAAUUUUUACUAAAUAAAAACAGUGAGCGCGUAUUUCCUUUCCAGCUGCAAAAAAAAAGGAUUGUAGAGCUAACAGCGUAGGAAAUAAACGACGCACUGCUGCUACUUCUGUUGACGUUAGUUGCUGCUUGCUGCACUUGGCGUGGUUGGUAGCAAGUAUCAGUUGUUGCUGGUUUACAGGGAUACUGUUGAAUCUGACCCAGUAAAACCGAUGACCGCAGAGGAGCAGAACAGCGAAGGACAACACAGCAUCCCCAUGGAGGGAGAAGACAUCACACCAAAGAAAGAUGGAGGAGUUUUAAAGCUGGUGAAAAGGGAAGGCACUGGUGAAGAGCUGCCUAUGACUGGUGAUAAAGUGUUUGUCCAUUAUGUGGGUACUCUCCUGGAUGGAACACAUUUUGACUCCAGCAGAGACAGAGGAGAGAAGUUUUCUUUUGAGCUGGGCAAAGGACAAGUGAUUAAGGCAUGGGAUAUCGGUGUGGCGACAAUGAGAGUGGGAGAGGUGUGUCAGCUCAUCUGCAAGCCAGAGUAUGCUUAUGGAUCCGCAGGCAGUCCGCCCAAGAUCCCUCCCAGCGCAACACUUGUUUUCGAGGUGGAACUGUUUGAAUUUCGAGGGGAAGACAUUACAGAUGAUGAAGACGGGGGAAUCAUCCGGCGUAUCAUCACCAAAGGAGAAGGUUACUCCAAACCCAAUGAAGGAGCUGUUGUGGAAGUUGUUCUGCAGGGUACCUGCGAUGAACGCGUGUUUGAUGAGAGGGAACUGAAGUUUGAGAUUGGAGAUGGAGAGAGUUUUAGCUUGCCCAAUGGUGUGGAGAAAGCCAUCAUGGCCAUGGAGCAAGGAGAAGAGGCACUCUUCACUAUGAAGCCCAAAUAUGGCUUUGGGACUGCUGGCAAUGAAAAAUAUAAUAUUCCUGGUGGAGCAACACUGCAGUAUAAGAUUAAGCUGACUGCCUUUGAGAAGGCAAAGGAGUCAUGGGAAAUGAACACAGUAGAAAAGCUGGAGCAAAGCGGUAUAGUGAAAGAGAAAGGAACACAGUGCUUUAAGGAUGGGAAAUACAAGCAAGCAUCUGUUCAGUACAAAAAGAUAGUUUCAUGGCUAGAGCACGAGUCUGGCUUGUCAGAAGAGGAUGAAAAGAAGGCGAAGGCCCUACGACUGGCUGCACAUCUAAACCUGGCCAUGUGCUAUCUUAAAAUGCAAGAGCCAAGCAAAGCCUUAGAAAACUGUGACAAGGCACUGGAAAUGGAUUCUACAAGCGAGAAGGCUUUGUUCCGACGAGGCGAGGCAUUGUAUGGUAUGAAUGAAUACGAGAGAGCAAGGAAUGAUUUCCAGCAGGUCGUUCAGCUGUAUCCUUCCAACAAAGCCGCAAAGAGCCAGGUGGUCCUGUGUCAGAAACGCAUUAAGGAGCAGCACGAAAAGGACAAACGCAUCUAUGCCAACAUGUUCCAGAAAUUUGCAGAGAGGGAUUCUAAGAAAGAAGCAGAUAAGGUGAAACCUGAGAGCAAAGAGAACGGCGAGGAGGCCAUGGAGGUUGAACAUGGAGAAAAGGAAGCUCAGAGUGAAGUGAAAGGAUAGGAUAAAAUGCAACUGUUAUCGUGGUUCAAUUGUACUUAGACUUUUGUAACCAGCCAUCUGUGUUUAAGGUGCGAUUGUGUAUAUAUGUAUAUGUGAGAACGAGUGUCACAGAGAGCUCUGACCUUUGGCAUUUCGCUGUGUCCAGACUCUCUGGUGUGGCAGCUAGCUGAGUGAGUGGGGCGUCCUCGGCUGAAGGCACUGUGGGAAAUACAUUUAAUAAGUGAAACGUGUGCCAUCAUGACUCUUGGCUCUGAACACUUUGCAGCCCACAGCUCUGAACUGUGCAUGUGGUUUUAUUAUCUUUUUUUUGUUUUCGGUGGGGGGGUUGAUUGGGGAAAAGUGCAUCCCACGUUUGCGGAGUUUAACCCUGCACCGUUGUCUGUCCCAUGUCCUUUGUUUCUGUCCAUCCAAGCCUCCUCAUGGGCCUAUUGAUCAACUGUUGGAGCACGGAUGAUUGUGUGCACAGACCUGGUGUGUUUUGAAUGUGACUGCCCUGUGUCCUUAAAUACAUACGUAGCAGCACUGUGGAUUGACAACAUGCUAAAAUGUCUGGAACAGUUCCCAGACUUCCAUGUUCUCUCAGCAUAAUUACGGGGUUCCCUUCAACGCCCCGGGGUACAGGACUGUUCACUUUUCCUUUGGAAAUAUCGAAUUUGUACUUUCCUUUCCAGUGGUGUUCUUGUGAUUACUGUAUUCUCAAUAAAAUUUUAUAAAGUAGAACUGAUUAAGCAACUGGAAUCUGUGCAUAAGCUGUUUGCAUUUUUAGUCAGCAGUGUCUACAGGGACACAAGUCAAGUAGAGGCCUAAUGUAAGAUGAUUUUCCUUUUAUCUUUGUUGGGAAGUCACUUUGUGGUGUGUCCUAACAGACUUCUAAUAAACAGUUCACUACAA